AUGGUGAACACAGGAAUGCAGCUGAUCAGCUUCACUUGUGCUGUUACAGGCUGGGUGAUGGCCAUUGCUGUGACAGCUCUGCCACAAUGGAAGGUCACAGCCUUUAUAGGGCCUAACAUCCUCACGUCUGAAAUUGUGUGGCAAGGCAUCUGGAUGAACUGUAUCUAUCAGACAACUGGCCACAUGCAGUGCAAGACUUACGACUCGUUGCUGGCACUGCCGCCUGACAUCCAGGCAGCCCGCGCCCUCAUGUGUGUGGCAAUUUUCAUGGGCUGGCUGUCCUGCACGGUUUCCUGCUGCGGCAUGAAGUGCACCACAUGCGCCGGGGAUGACCGCCAUGCCAAGGCUGGCAUAGCGUUGUCCGGCGGGGUGCUUUUCAUCGUGACAGGCCUGUGCGUACUCAUCCCCGUGUCCUGGACAGCCAACACUGUGGUGCAGGACUUCUACAACCCAAACAUCCCCAUUCAGAAGAAACGUGAGCUAGGACAGGCCAUAUACCUAGGGUGGGCAGCUGCUGUUAUCCUGAUCAUAAGUGGCACUGUGCUAAGCUGUACCUGCUCUUACAUUGAGAAAGGACCCUACAGACGUGGCUACAUUGGUCGCAGCUUUGCUAACUCCAGGCCAUCGCCGAUGGAUUCCCCAAAACCUAUUACCACCAACACUUUGCCCCUUAGGGAAUAUGUUUAA